AUGGCCAAGCAGUACCAGCUGGCAUUUACCUUACACGGACACUCUUCCGACGUCCGGAACCUCUGCGUCCCAAACACCAAGGAGUCUGUCCUCCUCUCGGCGUCGCGGGAUGGCUCGGCGAUCGCCUGGGGACCGGGGUCUACUUCCAAGGACUGGGACGCCACGGUCAGAGCUGAGGAGCUCGAGAGAAGAUUCGUGAGCUGUGUUACUGCAGUGACCAACGGAGGACAACGUAAGCUGCAAAUCCCUUCCUCCGAAGUUGACGUAUUAGGGUACAUGGUCACCGGCUCGUCAUCAGGCAUGCUGUCGACAUACCCUCUUCCUCCCCUGGAAUCCCAGGAUGCGACGCUUGACGCCCCGACACUGGAACCGCAGCACACCGUCAUCGAACACCGCAAGAAUCUCUGCUGCAUCGACGCCAGCGCCAACGGGCUCCUCGUCUCUGGAAGCUGGGACAACACUGCCAUUGUUUGGAGGGACUUCAAGAAGGCCGUCCAUAUCGAGGGCCAUCAGCAGGCUGUCUGGGCUGUCCGAUUCGUUGGGGAAGACCGGGUACUGACCGCCUCCGCGGAUAAGACGAUCGUUCUCCACUCCCUUGACGUUGCCGCCGGCAAGUCGAAGCCGCUGCAGAAGUACUCGGGACACACCGACUGUGUUCGUGGGUUGAGCUUGACGCCGGACGGCAAGGGAUUUUGGAGCUGUGGUAACGAUGGCCUCGUGAACCUCUACUCUUUCGACAGUCCCUCGCCUGUCCGGACCUUGUCGGGCCAUACCUCGUUCGUAUACUCAGUGACGGCCUUUCCCGACGGCUCCGGUGCCAUCAGUUCCGGCGAGGAUGGAACCCUUCGCGUGUGGUCCAGUAAGCGUCUGUCUGAGCGAAAGCAUCUAACGGCAGACUCUGAGCUCGUUCAGACGAUCCCCCAUCCUUCGCUUUCUCUCUGGUCCACCGCUAUCGCCCCCGUCCCGGGCUCGUCGAGCUACUACAUCAUUUCUUCCUCGGCUGAUUCAAGCAUCCGAUUCUUCAGCAACGAGGAACAGUUCAUGGCUUCCCAGAAGGACAGGGAAGACUGGGACCACGAGGUUGCUCAGCGUAAACUCGACAAGUCGGCGACGUCAAGCGAUCUGACCUUCCUGGAAUGGAGGCGCUUGGCCGGCCAGGUUAUAAUGAUCAAGAACAACGACAACGUCGAGGCGUACCAAUGGUCGCAGGCGAACACGACGUGGCAGCAGAUCGGCCAGGUUGUCGAUGCAAUUGGCUCGGGCCGCAAGCAGCUGUACGACGGGCAGGAGUACGACUAUGUUUUCGAUGUCGACAUCCAGGACGGUGUGCCGCCGCUGAAGCUGCCGUACAACGUGACUGAGAACCCGUGGACGGCUGCGCAGCGCUUCCUCGAGAAGAACGAGCUGCCGUCAGGCUAUGCGGAGCAGGUCGUCGACUUCAUCCAGAAGAACACGGGUGGCGUGCAGCUUGGCACCGGUGGCGGCAACGACGCCUAUGUUGAUCCGCUGACCGGAGGAUCGCGGUAUACCGGUGCUUCGACGGGCGGCGGCAAUCAGUCCUGGGGCGGCGACCCAUACACUGGCGGCGGCGCGUACUCGACGCAGUCUGCUCAGCCUUCCGUUCGCAUCCUGCCCGUCAGGACGUACCUGUCGUUCAAGAAGAUCAACCCUCAGGCUGCCCUCGGCAAGGUGAAUGAGUUCAAUGAGGCGAUCAAGGCAUCCUCCCCUGAUCUCGCGCUGAGCGCCGCCGACGAGGCGUCGCUGAAGGCUGUUGUUGACAUUCUGGCCGCGGACCAGCCGGUGAAGAAGGAGAAGUGGCAGCCGGCCGCGCUUCUCUCCGCCGCGGUCAAGUGGCCCGAGGACAAGCGCUUCCCUCCCCCUAUUGACCUCCUGCAGGCUGCUGGAUGGGGCGAGCCGUGGAACCCGAGCAAGCCGCGCGCGACGAACCAGGUGCUGGCGAUGCGCGCGCUUGCGAACCUGUUUAACACGACGCAGGGCCGUGCCGUUAUGGCUGCGGCGGGUCAGGCGGGCGUGCUGGCGGAACUUCGUCGGGGCAGGCAGUGGGACCAGGUCGGAACAGCCAAGCAGCCGCUCGCCACGAUCGCCCUUAAACCCUUGAGCUCACCGCAGAUUCUCGACAACGAGACCACAGACAGCGAGACGAUCUACCGCGCCGGCGUCGCGCUGGGCAACCUACUCUCCUCCUCUGCCACCGGCUCUCUCCCUGUUGGCGACGUGCAGAACGCAAAGAGCCUCCUUUUCACCCGUGCCAGCGCAACUGGCGAGAAGCGCCUGACUGACCUGGCGCUCGAGGUCGGGCAGCUCGCGUCGUAG